AUGAAACAUAAUAUAAGUGAUGCAGGGAAUGAAUAUGGAGGAGAUAUCGAUAAUCAUUCAAUUAGUAGUCUCAGUCCAACAUCACAACGACAACGUCGACGAAAGAGAACAAAGAGAGCUUCAUUCACCAAAGAUACAAACAAUGUCAACAACAACAACAACAACAACAACAACAACAAUAGUGUGUCAAUGAAUGACAUUAGUAACAGCAGCAACAAUAUAUUAUCAUCACCUGAAACCAAAAGUACAUUACAUAAACUAAAGAUUGAUAAAGCUUUGGCACCACGCAACAUCAAUAGUCCUCUACUACCAGUCAAUAUCCACAACACAAUAUCACCUAUCGUAUCAAAGAAGAAUAACAAUAACAAUAGCAACAUUAUAUCACCAAUACCUAAAAUUAACAAUGAUGAUGAUGAUGAUGAAUCAUCAUUCAUCAACGAACCAAGUAUCAUUAAAUUUAAUUUGGUUGAUGAAAGUCGGCAAGAUUUGGAAGAUGAACAACAUGACCUUGGUUUACGAGAAUUAUCAAUAUCUGAUGUAAAUAGUGACUCUAAAGAUGAUGAUGAUGACGACGUGGAAGCUGGAGAUUCUUCUUCUGACGAAUCUGAUGGUAUUCAAAUUGGAAAUGCUCCUGAAGAGGAUGAUGGAGACAAUGAAAAAAAAGAAGAGAUUGUACAACCCAUAGUCCAACCAACUGUACCAAGAAAAAAACCAGCCUAUCUAGAAGACGACGAAGAAAGUAGUUUUGAAUAUGACGACGAUUCAUUUGACGAAGAUAGUGUUGACUGUCGAGACGCAGCAGAGGGAUUAAGCAAAAAUCAAAUACCAAAGGCAUUGAGCGAUGGAGAGGAUACAGACAGCGACGAAUACAACAUUGAUGUCGAUGACCCAAAAAGAAAGAUUGCCGGUUUCAACUAUGCAAUCGUUUCACUUCAAGAAGAGGAAUCUAUUCCCAAUUCAGAUACCUCUCAAUUAUACAAUGAAGACUUUGAAGAGGACUCUUUAUUACUCGAGGGUGCACCAGAUCAAAAUAUACCCGAUACUGUUUUCUCAAGAGCAAGAAAGAAUCUUCAUAUUGGUACUGUUCCCGAUAAAUUACCAGGCAGAGAAAAGGAAAUCAAAAAAUUAUAUUCAACUUUACAAUCAAGACUUAUGGAUGUUAAUGGUACUGGUCAAUGUAUUUAUAUAGCAGGAAUGCCAGGAACAGGAAAAACAAGUACAGUUAAAGAAGUAAUUAGAAUGAUGCAAAAAGAAGGAAAAGGAAAAAAAGGAAUGGAAUUUGAAUUUGCAGAGCUGAAUUGUAUGGAUUUAAAUGAUCCACAUCAAUUGUAUAUAGCACUUUAUAAAAAGUUGGUAAAGAAGAAAAUCAAACACAAGCUAUCUGUUUCUAGAGCAAUGGAUUUACUACAGAAUUUCUUGGCUCCAAAGAAUACAAGAAAGAAAAUAUUUAGAAUUGUAUUGGUUGACGAGUUUGAUCAAUUGCUCACCAAACAUCAAACCGUCAUCUACCAUCUUUUUGAUUGGCCAAGACGAACCAAAUCAUACCUCAUUGUCAUUGCCGUGGCCAACACAAUGAAUCUCCCCGAUGCCCUCUUGCCUCGUGUCAAGAGUCGUUUGGGUAAUUUUAGAAUCCCCUUUCAGAGUUAUACGACAUCACAAAUUUCAACUAUUAUGAAUAGUCGUUUGGAUGACUUGGAAGCAUUUGACGAUGAAGCGAUUGAGCUAUGUGCUAAAAAGGUGGCUGGUUUCUGUGGUGAUGCUCGUCGUGCUCUAGAAAUUUGUAGGUUGGCUGCAGAGGUGGCAGAGGUGGAAUGGAACGAAAAGAUAGCCAAACGCAAAGAAAAGGCUGAAAAUGGAGGCAAACCAUUCAGAGAGCCACCACAACUCGUUAAAAUCCAACACAUCGAGACAGUUUUGGAGAUGUUUAUGUCGCCAACCACCAAUAUCAUUAGAGAGUGCUGUUUUGUCGAAAAGAAUGGCGACAAACUUGGCAGCAUCCAAGCUGAUUUUGGCAAUCGAUUGCGUUCUUGA